AAAAGGCGCCGUUUCCUCCGGGCAGAUGGCUGACCUGGUUUCUGCAGAUUCUCGCUGGGUUUGGGGGAUCUGGGAGCUUCUUACCCAGUUCCUCCGGCGGUCUGUCCUCCCUCCCGACCGCAUCCAGCGCCGGGUGAUGGGAGGAGGCCGUGGCGCGUCCGCGUGCUAUCCUCGGAGGGACGGCGAGCUCUGCCCGUUGGUGAACGCCGCGGUGGCAGCGGGAUGCCGGUUUCGCAGGUUUCGGGGCAUCGCUUGCAUGGAGCGCUUUGCCCUCCUUCCCGGGAGGAGAGGGGCAGAGGGAAUGUCGGCGGCGGAACGAACGGGAAAACACGCCCCCAGCUCUUUGCAGAAGCACCGACUCUGCAAUGAGCUGAAAUUUCACCGGCGCCAGCCCUCGGCGAGCAUCACUCGCUGCGGCUGCAAGCUGCUGUGCGGCACACGUCGCUGUCUGCUGACGGUCCUGCGGGGCCGGGGAUCCGGGGGCGAGAUGCCGGGGGAACCGUGCGGGAGGGUGGAGUCAGAAUCCGAGAACAAGCUGGAUGGAGAGACAGCAUCAGACAGCGAAAGCAAAUCGGAAUUCGGAGGAACCCCCCAGGUGCCAACGUCGGAUGACACUCCGGAGGUCCUGAACAGAGCUCUCUCCAACCUGUCCUCGAGAUGGAAGAAUUGGUGGGUGAGAGGCAUCCUCACGCUGGCGAUGAUCACCUUCUUCUUCAUCAUCAUCUACUUGGGACCCCUGGUCUUAAUGACGAUAGUGAUGUGUGUCCAGAUCAAAUGCUUCCAUGAGAUUAUCACCAUUGGCUAUAAUGUGUACCACUCGUAUGACCUGCCCUGGUUCAGGACGCUCAGCUGGUAUUUCCUGCUCUGCGUCAACUAUUUUUUCUAUGGUGAGACCGCGACGGAUUAUUUCUUCACCCUGGUUCAGAGAGAGGAGCCCCUGCGAAUUCUCAGCAAAUAUCACCGCUUCAUUUCUUUCGCCCUGUACUUAACAGGUUUCUGCAUGUUUGUCUUGAGCCUGGUGAAGAAACACUAUCGCCUCCAGUUCUACAUGUUUGGAUGGACCCACGUGACGUUGCUCAUCGUUGUUACCCAGUCGCACCUCAUCAUUCACAACCUGUUUGAAGGAAUGAUCUGGUUCAUCGUCCCCAUUUCCUGCGUGAUCUGCAACGACAUCAUGGCGUACAUGUUUGGGUUCUUCUUCGGCCGCACCCCGCUCAUCAAGCUCUCCCCAAAGAAGACCUGGGAGGGUUUUAUCGGAGGAUUUUUUGCCACCGUUUUGUUUGGACUGCUGCUCUCCUACGUGAUGUCCGGGUACCGGUGCUUCACGUGUCCGGUGGAGUUCAACAACGACACCAACAGCUUCACCGUAGACUGCGAGCCGUCCGAGCUGUUCCAGCUGCAGGAGUACAACAUCCCCGCGGUGCUGCAGUCCGUGGUGGGCUGGAAGACGGUCCGGAUGUACCCCUUCCAAAUCCACAGCAUCGCGCUGUCGACCUUCGCCUCCCUCAUCGGGCCCUUUGGAGGCUUCUUUGCCAGUGGCUUUAAGAGGGCCUUCAAGAUCAAG